AUGAGUUUCAAAGGGUUUACCAAGGCUGUUAGUAGGGCUCCUCAGUCCUUCCGUCAAAAGUUCAAGAUGGGCGAGCAGACUGAGGAUCCUGUUUACGAAGAUGCAGAACGUCGUUUUCAAGAAUUGGAGCAAGAAACUAAAAAAUUAAGUGAGGAAUCGAAGAGAUACUCAACUGCGGUGAAUGGAAUGCUGACACAUCAAAUUGGGUUUGCCAAAUCCAUGGAGGAAAUUUUCAAACCCAUCAGUGGUAAAAUGAGCGACCCUAAUGCCACCAUACCGGAGGACAACCCACAGGGUAUCGAAGCAAGUGAACAAUAUAGGGCAAUUGUCGCAGAGUUACAGGAAACAUUGAAGCCGGACCUGGCCUUGGUGGAAGAAAAAAUCGUUACGCCAUGCCAGGAAUUGUUGAAAAUUAUUACUUAUAUUCGUAAAAUGGCCACCAAGAGAAAUCACAAAAAACUAGAUUUAGAUAGACAUCUAAACACCUAUAACAAGCAUGAAAAGAAGAAGGAGCCAACUGCCAAGGAUGAAGAGAGGUUGUAUAAAGCACAGGCUCAAGUGGAAGUGGCUCAACAAGAAUAUGAUUACUAUAACGACUUGCUAAAGACUCAAUUGCCAAUCCUGUUUAGUUUGGAAGCCGAAUUUGUGAAACCAUUAUUCGUCUCAUUUUAUUUCAUGCAAUUGAACAUUUUUUACACUUUGUAUAAUAAACUUCAAGACAUGAAAAUUCCAUAUUUUGAUUUGAACAGUGACAUUGUGGAGUCAUACAUUGCCAAGAAAGGUAAUGUGGAAGAGCAAACGGAUGCUUUGACCAUUACCCAUUUUAAACUCGGUUACUCUAAGGCGAAACUGGAGAUGACCAGAAGGAAGUACGGCGUAGCGACCGCGGAAGGCUCACCUGUAAGUGGUGCAUCAAGCGGGGUUGGGUACGGUGCUGGAUACGACGCAGCAACUGCAACUUCUCCAACCUCUACAGGAUACGGUUAUGGUGCCGCAGCGCCAGGUUACGCGGCUCAACCUGCUACACAGUAUGGUGCCGCUGCUGCUGUUGGUACUGUCCCAGGUACUUUCCCACAAUAUGGUGCUGCACAAUCCCCUCCACUCACCGGACUAGGCUUCCAACAAUCACCACAGCAGCAGGGCCCACCACCGGCCUACUCCAAUCCUCUAGCAUCACCUGUUGCUGGCGCCCCAGCCGUGGCCGCAGCAGCAGCUCCCGGUGUUGAAACUGUUACCGCAUUAUAUGACUAUCAAGCCCAAGCUGCAGGUGACUUGUCUUUCCCAGCGGGUGCAGUUAUAGAAAUUGUCCAGCGUACUCCAGACGUGAACGAAUGGUGGACAGGAAGAUACAAUGGCCAGCAAGGUGUGUUUCCCGGGAACUACGUGCAACUCAAUAAGAAUUAA